AGUUAUAUGGAUUAAUAGAGCAUUAGAGGUAGAGAUGGCAGCAGGUAAAAUUUCCUUUGUUAAGACACAGGGGGUGUGGGGAUUUACUGCUCUUCUCGUAUCUGCAGUCUGUGAGUGGUUUUUGAUAAUACUAUUGCUUUUCGAUGCCCUGCUGUCGUAUCUACUAACAAAGUUUGCAAGUUUCUGUCGAUUGCAAGCGCCUUGUAUAUUGUGCUCUAGGCUUGAUUUUGCAUUAGGUGGUCAAAAGUCUGAGUUAUAUCAGACACUACUCUGCAACAAUCAUAUAUCAGAAAUUACCUCUCUGCUGCCAUGCCAUAUUCACAAUAAGGUUGCGGAUGGAGUUGGCAUGUGUGAUGAUUGUCUCUUGUCAUUCACAGCAAAGACUAAAGCCAAUUCAAAAGCUCAUAGAUUGUUGGUGGGUAAACUGGGUCUGUUUCAUGGUGACUGUAGUUUCCAGUGCUCGUUGAAGGAUGACUUGUUCUCUGGUUCUUCGGAUUCAAGGCCAUGUACCUGUUGUGGAUCGAUAACGUCUCACUUUGUAGGGAAAAACAGUCGUGAUUCAUUAUGUUAUUCUGGCUUCGCUGAGUUGAAACUCCAUCCUGAGUCAGAGUUUCCAUUUUCUGCUGAUGAUAACAAUGUUUCUACUGUAAUUCAUGAAAACAAUGAAGCUGGGAGUGAUCCUAAGUGCCAAUGUACACCAAUAGCAUCAUCAAAAUUUCUUCCAAGUGACUCAAGCACAGCGGAACCAGGAAAGAAUAAAGCUGUAGAUGUGUCUCAAGCAAGUGAUAAUGGACUUCAAUCAAUCAGAGAUCAUGGGGGCAGUUUUAUGAAGAUUGCUAUAAAUGCUGAACUGUUCGAAAAAACUGAUCUGGUUGUAAGUGACUCUUCUCAUACAAGUCUUAGGCACAAGGACAGGGAAGAAUUGAAGCUAUCAUCACACAAAUCUUCUCAAGAUUCUAGUACCUCACUAGUUAUUCCAUUAGAUGAUGCUUAUCCCCCAAAGAAAAAAGCUGAUGCUGCUAGCUCCAAUGGAACUAAGGUACUUCAAAAGUCAGUCUCAUUGGAUUCUGGUCUUGGAUCUAUGUCUGGAAGCAUUGUCAGUAGAAUUGAGGAGGACUCUCUUGUUGAUCAAUUGAAGAGACAGCUUACGUAUGACAAGCAAUUUAUCAAUUCCUUACACAAGGAACUGGAGGAAGAAAGAAAUGCUUCUGCUAUUGCAGCAAAUGAAGCAAUGGCUAUGAUUACAAAGUUACAAGAGGAUAAAGCAGCACUCCGAAUGGAGGCCCUCCAAUAUUUGAGAAUGAUGGAAGAGCAAGCAGAACAUGAUGCAGUUGCAUUGGAGAAAGCUGAUGAUCUGCUGUCAGAAAAGGAAAAAAUGAUACAAGAUUUGGAAGCAGAGCUAGACUUUUAUAGGUUAAACUUGGUAGAAGAACCUAUGGAUGAGAAUAUGCAUGAGGAAGGUAAUCAUUUUAAUGCGGCAAACAUGACAUUACAAAAUGUUGGCUUACCUCACAUCACAAAUAGCAUUAACUCUUCUUGUAAUUCAAUACAAGCUCAGAAUUCAUAGUCAGAAAAGAUUCAUUUGUCUUUAUCUGGCAAUAUUUGGGGCCUUUGGGCAAAUGCGACAGAGAGAAUGACGUUUCAUUCAUUUGGUUUGGCUCCCAAUUUUGAAGGAUCAGGAGCGUUUCAAGAACAGGCAUCUCCAGAUCGCACGGAACAAGAUAGUAGAGUACAAAAAAUGAAUAGUAGGCCUUAGCUUUAACCGCUUGUUCCUUCUUUGACCGGUCAGUUUUGAACUGCCCAUUGUUCUUUUAACUGAAGAGAAUAAUGGGUUUUAGUCCCGUUGUGCUGAUAAGAUGGUGAGUUUCAUAUUCUAAUGUAAGUUCAUGUGAUGGGAAAGAACUUUCACUGUAAAUCCCAAGUCCAAACAGCUUGGCUCCAUUGGGUAUGGUGGUUAUAGGAGGACACUAUCCCCAGUUGUCCUAAGUACCCACAGGGAAUUGCUGAUUGUAACUGUGACAGAUACCAUCUGAUCAAGCCGAAGCAUAAAGCAUUUACCGAAUAUGGAAGGAAGUGAGGCACGACUCUGAAGUGGUAAAGUAGUUUUUUUUUUUUUUUUUGGGAACAUAGUUUUCUGUUGUGCACUGCCCGAAUCAGGAUCUUGUGAAACAUCUCUAAAUGUGUACCAUGUAAACAU